AUGUGCUCUCGAUACGGGGAGUCGUCCCCCACUUACCGGACAUAUCGUUCUUCACCGCCUAGCGAGGUGAUUGGCGAGAACUCUGUGAGCAGUCGUCAGAUUCCUUCAAGCCAACUUCACGGUCAAGGUAGAUCGCGAAGAGUCUACGAAAUCGAGUACCUUCCCUCAUCUAGGGAAGAGGACGAGAGUACUCCGAUGCCGGAAAGCGAGGGUAUUUUGAUUCCAGGAAGCGAGGUUAGUAUUCCGGAGGACACUCACGACGUCUUUGAGAACACUGGCGACAUUCCUUCGAGCCAAUUGACUCAGAGGUCUGUGGUCCCUAACUCUAGGAGUGCAAAUGUGCUGUCAGUGCAGGCUCAGAGGAUUGAGAAGGAGUGUAGCGUGUUAAUCGGGGAGCAUACUCUUCUACAUGAGCCCUUUCUGUAA